AUGGAGUUUAACUAUUUAAAAAACAUUUUGGAUGAUUUAUUUGUGAGGUUCGAGAGUAAAUAUUCGCCUAGUAGUUACCAACUGAAACGUCAGCUUUGUGUGUUGAAUCGCAAUGAGAAGUUGUUGAUAAGAAAGAAAAUAUUAGAUUACAACAUUGGAGCACUUCAAGUUCUCGAAAUACUUUGCGAAACUGGAAUUUUGUCUUUGACCGGAUAUUUGGAGAAUUUACCAGAUGAAGCUGAGAUGCAAGGAAUUAUUGCGGAUGUUCUGGACUCUGAUGAUAUGAUGACAUUGUUGAAAGAGAUUGUAAUCAGUGGGACGAAAUCGGAAUCGAUUAAUUGUAAUUUCCAGGAAUGUCUUCAUCAAUACGUCGUGGAUGUUGUCCUUCGACCAGAACUCAUCAGAAACGAAUUCAUUACCAAAAUCGAGUCACAAUUGCCAUCAAAUAUUUUCAAGGAAAUGAUUGCAUUCAACUUCAUUAAUGAAUUGCUCUCUUUUCACUCGAAUGAUGAUUCUCAUUCAAUUAAUGAUUUAACACAAAUAAUCAGCAUUCAAAAGCAGUGGAAUGUCGAAUACCAAGAAGAGAAAUUCAAUCUCCUCACUAAAAUCCUCAAUAAUUUGUCAAUUAACCAUUCACACGACAUUGGAGAAUAUUUGCUUAAACAACUGCAGAUGAAAGAAGUCAACAACUGGUUUUACAUGCUCUUCUUAAUUAAACAUAUCAAAGAGGAAGCAAAUUUAGUUGGAGAAUUCAAAAAAUUCUUCAAGAAUUUACUAAAAAAAUUUCAUGAGAUGCAAGAGAACAACAAUCUCUACUUAAUGUUUAUCUUAGCUCGUCAACUAUUCCAUUAUCGACAAGAGAAUUCCUGCUACAAGAGUUGGGUAAAGUUAACGAUCGGUGAAUUACAUUACAACUUAAAAGAUCAAGAAAAAUUUACUUUCGCUCUUCAAGCACUCCAAAACAUGAUUUUCUUUGAGAAUGACUUGAAUGUGUUGGAAAUUCACGCUCAAACUUCAAUCACAUCUCCACGAGGAUCUCUUUCCUUAAUUCACGAAUAUAAACAACUUUUAAAAACAAGAAUCAAUGCUUUGUCAUCACCUGAAAUUGUCAUGGAUUUGACUUGA